CGGCCUCCACGACCUUUUUAGCCUGAAGGCACGCACAACCCUUCCUGCUGCACAGACACAUACUCCGGCGGUCCGGCCUCUUUCUUUCUCACCCAUCAGUCAGGCCGCGCGUCACCACCUUUCUCAUCUGCGCUCGGAAUAGCCGGUCAUGAUGAGCAGCAGGCUAAGCGGCGGCACGAUGGCACCGGUUAGCGACAUGACCGACUUCGGUUACGCUCCCAUGCAGUCCUACCCCAACUUUGAGCCGGCCGGCAUGGUCAUGCCCGGGGACCGGCAGCCGCCCUUCCAGCACCACCACCUCUACGACAGCCUCGACUUCAACGCCGCUGCAUUCUCGUUCCAAGACCCGGUCGCGCUCUUCUCCAGCGGCUCGGCGUUCAGUAACCAGCUCCAGCAGCCGUUCCUCCAGACGCAGGUCAGCAUGCCGACGAUGGCGUCGUCGUCGCUGCUGCAGGCGCCGAUGAUGACCCUUCCGGGUAUGCUGACGUCUUCCUCGGCGUCGCCGGUGGACGCAUACACCUUCGGUGGCGGCGGCAGUGCUGGGUUCCUGAAGCGAGAGGAGGGUGGCCCCUUCUCGGACGUCGGCGGUGGGGGGAGGAUCGGGCUGAACCUCGGCCGCAGGACAUACUUUUCCCCGGCGGACGUGCUGGCCGUGGACCGCCUGCUGAUGCGCUCCCGCUUCGGCGGAGCCGGCGCAAUGGGCAUGCUGGGGCUGGGGCUCGGCGCCGCCGCCCACCAGCACCAGACCCCGCGGUGCCAGGCUGAGGGCUGCAAGGCCGACCUGUCCGCCGCCAAGCACUACCACCGCCGCCACAAGGUCUGCGAGUACCACGCCAAGGCCGCCACAGUCGCCGCCUCUGGCAAGCAGCAGCGCUUCUGCCAACAAUGCAGCCGGUUUCAUGUGCUCGCUGAGUUUGACGAGGCCAAGAGGAGCUGCCGGAAGCGGCUCACGGAGCACAACCGGCGCCGCCGAAAGCCCGCCGGCGCGCAGGGCAAGGACUCGCCGCCGCCUUCCAAGAAGGCAGACGCUAGCAUCACCAGCUCAUACACCGGCGAUCACAGGACCAACAAGUCGACGACGGGGGCGGCCUUCUCACCGAGCGCCAGUGGCUUCAGCUGCCUUCAGCAGCAGCAGCAGCAGCAGCAGCAUGAGAUCGACAACGGCGGCCAGUCGAGCAACGCCACGCCGACGAACCUGUCCCUGGCGGCGCCACCGCCACCACCGCCGCCUCAAGACGACGCUGGCUUCGGCGCCGGCCUUGACACCAUGCUGCUGAUCCAGCAGCAAGGGCCCGAUGAGCAGGAGGAUGAGCAGCAGCAGCAGCAGCAUUUCAUGAUGACCUCGCUCGUGCAGUCGCAUCGCCAGCAGCAGCAGCAGGGCGACAGGGGCAACAUCUUGUCGUGCUCGACGACGUCGCCAUCGGAUCAGCGUCGCCACCAGAACGACGGCGACAGCUGCUGCAACGGCAACAGCAUGCAGCAUUUCUUUGAGGUGGAGUUCAUGUAGUUCGAUGCAUGCAUCCAUUGCAUGAAUGAACCUGACCUGGCCUAGCCUAGAGGUGGUUUGACUGCAUUAUCGUGAGGUGUGUGUGCAUGAGGUGAAAGAGAAAACAAGCUGGUUGCAUGAACUAGGCUGGGCAUAUGGAGUAUAGCUAGUAGGGUACGUAGGCGUGCAGCCUUUUUCUUUCCCGAUUUAAUUUCCUGACCUUUUUCUGCUUGCUGUGUUUUUAAUUGUACUUUUCUUAUACAAUGGGCAAUAGUGUAUGUACUACUGCUUGCUUUUCUUUUUGGUAUAAUGUAAUUAUGUUAGUAUGCAUGCUAACACUAUAUGUUAGCCUCCUCUUCUUGAUAAGCCAUGUUUUGUUUCUUUACUAGUAUGCAUGUUAUUGCAAACUUGUUGAGGAUUCUAAUGGUUAUAAUAUAUGUUAUUACA